AUGAGCGCUGCCACCCACUCGCCCAUGGUGCAGAUGGCGUCCGGCAGCGGCGCCGGCGACCGCGACCCCCUGCCCCCCGGCUGGGAAAUCAAGAUCGAUCCACAGACCGGCUGGCCCUUCUUCGUGGACCACAACAGCCGCACCACGACGUGGAACGACCCGCGCGUGCCCCCCGAGGGCCCCAAGGAAACACCGUCUUCUGCCAACGGCCCUUCCCAGGAGGGCUCCAAGCUGCUGCCCACGAGGGAAGGCCACGCUGUGUACCCCCAGCUCCGACCAGGCUACAUUGCCAUUCCUGUCCACCACGAGGGUGUGGACAGCCGGCAGCCGCGCCCUUCCUUUGUCUGUUCCCAGCCCGGCACACAGCGAUUCCGAACUGAGGCGGCCACAGAGGCUCCUCAGAGGUCCCAGUCACCUCUGCGGGGUGUGGUGGAAGCCACCCAGCCAGAUAAACAGUGUGGACAGGCGGUGGCAGCAGCUGCGGCGACCCAGCCCCCAGGCUCCCACAGACCUGAGCGAUCUCAGUCUCCAGCUGCUUCGGACUGCUCGUCCUCGUCCUCCUCGGCCAGCCUGCCCUCCUCCUCCAGCAGGAGCGGCCUGGGCAGCCACCAGCUCCCCCGGGGCUACAUCCCCAUCCCCGUGAUACACGAGCAGAAUGUCACCCGGCCGGCAGCCCAGCCUUCCUUCCACCAAGCCCAGAAGACCCACUACCCAGCGCAGCAGGGUGAAUACCAGACCUACCAGCCCAUGUACCACAGGGCCCCGGGGGAUGACUGGGAGCCGCGGCCCAUGCCGGCAGCGUCCCCGUUUCGGUCUCCCGUCCGGGGUGCAUCCAGCCGGGAGGGCUCCCCGGCCAGAAGCGGCACACCUGUGCACUCCCCUUCGCCUCACCGUGUACACACCAUGGUCGACAGGCCUCAGCAGCCCAUGACUCAUCGAGAAUCUUCACCUGUUCCCCAACCUGAAAACAAACCCGAAAGCAAGCCAGGCCCAGUUGGACCAGAUCUCCUUCCUGGACACGUCCCGAUUCAGGUGAUCCGCAAGGAGGCAGAUUCCCAACCUGUUUCCCAGAAGCCCCCACCCGCCUCUGAGAGGGUGGAAGUAAAGGUUCCCGCUGCUCCGGUUCCCCAUCCUCCCAGCCCCGCCCCUUCUGCUGUCCCCUCGUCCCCCAAGAAUGUGGCUGCAGAAGAGAGGGCAGCCCCCAGCCCCGCCCCUGCAGAGGCUGCACAUCCCAAGUCAGGAGAAGCUGAGGCGCCCCCAAAACAUCCAGGCGUGCUGAAAGUGGAAGCCAUCCUGCAGAACGUGCAAGGGCUGGAGCAGGCCGUGGACAACUUUGAAGGCAAGAAGACAGACAAAAAGUACCUAAUGAUCGAAGAGUAUUUGACCAAAGAGCUACUGGCCCUGGAUUCAGUAGACCCUGAAGGACGAGCUGAUGUCCGUCAGGCCAGGAGAGAUGGUGUCAGGAAGGUUCAGACCAUCCUGGAAAAACUUGAACAGAAAGCGAUAGAUGUCCCAGGUCAAGUCCAGGUUUAUGAACUCCAGCCUAGCUCCCUUGAAUCCGAUCGGCCGCUGCAGGAAAUCAUGGAGAUGGGUGCCACGGCCACAGACAAGAGUAAGAAAAGUGCGGGAAACGGAGAAGAUCCCAAAACUGAAACCCAGCAGCCGCCAGAAGCCAAAGAAGCAGCGACGGCAAACCCCGGCAGCACGACGGACACAGCUGGUAACGUGGCGGCACCGUAG